UUGGGGAAAAAGCGCCCCGCUCCUUCCGUUCCGGCCGCCAUUCGGUCCCGCCUCCGACGCUCGCUCUUCUCGGGCUCCGGGCACGUCUGUGCGGCCGCGGAGCGACCUCGGGUGCCUCCGGGCGGGCAGGAGGCGGAGGAGAAGCAGGUGGAAGAGGAAGAGGAGGAGGAAGAGGCCGUCCGGCGGGGAAAAGGCGUCGUCGCCCCGCCUGCGCCCCGCCUGCCGCCCGCGCCACGUCUCGGAGGAGGAGGCAGGGCGCCUCGGGCCGAGCCGGGCAGCAGCUAGGCUAAUGAUCUCCAGAAAUUCUUCAGUUGUCCAUCAAGUGGGCUGGAACUAAACCAAAUUGCUUGCUGCAAAUAAAUUGGUGCAGAAGCCCUCAAGAUGCCCGGGCUCUCUUUUGGCUCCCAGCGGUGUUGAUGGAGUAAAAAACUGGACCCAGUAGGUGACUUGGAAAAUUCCACUGGGGAAAUAUUUCCCUUGGACCUUCACUUCUCCAGCCAUGGACUCUUCGGUGAUCAUUCAGGAAGCCAGCGAUGGCACCUCCAGCAGUUCUGAACAGCAACCAGACCUGGGGGCCAAAUCUAAGUGGACAAAGGAAGAUGUUAACUUGGUUAGUGUAAAUAACGGCCGAGGGUCAACCGAAGGGGACAUCUUAGCCCUCAAGAGCAGCCCAGAUCCUUGUGCGAACGGACCGACGUCUUAUGACCCCGAACAGCCCGUGACCUUUGGCCCCAUCAAAAGCUCCCGGGAGGAAGAAGCAGCUUCAGGUGUGCUUGGUGUCCAUGAGCACCUAGAGGCAUCUCAGGGCGGUAGUGAUGAGAGCUUAGCUCUUAGGAAGGACACCCUGCAGUCUCUCAAACUAAGCCUCCCUUUGCAAGAAACCAAACUGUGCUCAGCCGAUGCUCCUCUCCCACUGGAGAAGGAAGAAGAGAUCCGUCUUCAGGCCCGGAAGCGCCUGGAAGAACAGCUCAAGCAGUAUCGGGUCAAGAGGCAUCAAGAGAGACUGUUUACAGCUAAGAGCCGCCUCUCCAGCACCCUGGAUCCCGAGCUGAUGUUGCAUCCGGAGCUCUUACCAAGGGCCAGCCCCGUGGCGAUGACCAAAGAAUAUUCCUUUUUGAGAACCAGCAUCCCGCGAGGACCGAAAGUGGGGAGCUUGGGCCUCCCAGCUUCCUCGAAAGAGAAAAAAAGUUCCAAAUCUUCCAAAACAAGCCGGAUUCGUUCUCUGGCAGAUUAUCGAACGGAAAACCCCGACGGCAGCACUGGUGGGACCAUCCCGGUGGCCGAUUCAUGGGGCGGAUCGCUGAAAGCCAACUCAAACAGUCUGACCUCAGUUGUAUCUUCCGUCAGUCUGACCCCCGAUUCAGAUGACCGCCUGGAAGCUUCGUCCUUGGCGGGAGACAGCCUGUCGGAAAUGGACGGCAGCGAAGCAGGAAUGAGGCUGGACGGCAACGAAAGCGACAGCUCGACCUACAGCAGUGUGUCAGGAAGAGGCCCCACUUCCUCGAGCCCCAAAAGCCAGCAGGGUACGAUCUUCACCGUCAACGGGCAGAAGAUCCCGUUGGAUGCUGUUGGACAGUUUCCUUCCAUCAGGGAGGUCCUCCAGGCUGCGGCAACAGAGUAUCGGGCUCAGGAGCAGGAGGUCAAUGGGGAAGCCAGAAGCCGGCGGGACAGUAUUUCUAGCAGCAUAUCCAUGGAAAGUUCAGUCGCUGGGACCCACGAUGAGCUGCUUCAAGUCCUCAAAGAGAAGAUGAGGCUUGAAGGACAAUUGGAGGCUCUGUCAUUGGAAGCCAAUGAGGCCCUCAAAGAAAAAGCAGAAUUGCAAGCCCAACUGGCUGCGGUCCAGAUGAAACUCCAAACCCACAUGGAGCAUUCACAGACUAGCCAGCAGAAGCAGGACUCCCUGAAUUCAGAAGUGGCUACCUUGAAGCAGUCCUGCUGGGAACUGGAACGGGCCAUGGCUGAGCUACAGACCACGCUGGAGGCCAAGAACGCAGGCUUGAUGGCUUCUCAUAAUGACCUGCAGUUGGCAGAAGAACAGUACCAGAGGCUGAUGGGGAAGGUGGAAGACUUGCAGAAAAAUGUCCUUAGCAAGGAUAGCACGGUUCACGAUCUCCGGCAACAACUCUCCUCGUUACAAAGUCAGCUUCAGCAGGUCGAACUGGACCGCGCGUCCUUGACCGGUAAGCUGAAGUCCUCUCAGGCAGAGAUCUCGUCCCUGCAGAAAGUUCGGCACUGGUACCAACAACAGCUGGCGGUGGCUCAGCAGGCAAGGAUCCGUCUGCAGAGCGACAUGGCCAACGUAAAGGCCGGACACAUGACCCAAGUUGGUCUGCUGGAGCAUCUGAAGUUAGAGAAUGUAACCCUGUCUCAUCAAUUAACAGAGACUCAGCAUAGAUCGAUCAAAGAGAAGGAACGCAUAGCUGCACAGCUGCAAAAUAUUGAGGCUGACAUGUUAGACCAGGAAGCGGCCUUCCUGCAGAUCCAGGAGGCUAAGAGCAUGGUAGAAGAUGAUUUGCAGAGGAAACUGGAGGAGUUUGAGGAAGAGAAAGAACAACUUCAGAAGAUGGCUGAUUCGGCAGCAGGAUUGGAGCAGGAGCUGGAAAAGGUCAAAUUAACGCUUCAACAGCGAGACUUACAGGUGGAAAGCCUGCAGCAGGAACAGCUGGAUCUGAUGAAACAGUUGACCUCUGCCCAAGAGACAUUACAGACCCGAGACCAAACCUUGGGCGAGCUUCAGGUGCGCUAUGACGAACUGGAGGCCAGGUUAGCUGAGCUGCAAGGAGAGGCUGCCUCGAAGGACGACGCCCUCCGCUAUUUGCAGAACGAGAAGAUCGUUUUAGAAGUCGCCCUGCAGGUAGCAAAGACGGGACAGCAAGGACUUGAAGAGGACAUCCAGCAGUUAGGAGGCCACGCUGAGGUGGCCUCAGAUGUUUUGGAGCAGCUCAAGCAAGAAAUAGCCAUCAAAUCAAGUCAGGUGGAGAACCUGCAGCAGGAGAGUGCAAAUCUGAAGAAGCAAAGUCAGAAAGUGAAGGAACAGUAUCUUCAACAGAAGGUGAUGGUGGAAGCCUACCGCCGAGACGCGCUUUCCAAAGAUCAGCUGAUCAGUGAACUGAAGGCCACCAAGAAGAAGCUGGAUGCGGAAAUCAAAGAGUUGAAGCAGGAAUUCCUUCAGCUUCAGAGCGAGAAGAAAACCAUGGAGGUGGAGAAUUCCAAGCUAGUGAAGGAGCUGGUGCAGAUUCGGCAGCAGAUGGAGGAGCUGGAGAGCCAGCUUCAGGUGGCCCAGAAAGAACGGAAUGACAUGGAGACAGAGCUACAGUCUUUGCGGUUUGACCGAGGAGAGAUGUCGGCUCUUGUCAAAGUAAACGAAGACUUACAAAGACAAGUCGACGCAAUGCAACAAGAAACAAAGAUGGCCAUUACCGAACAGAAGCAGAAAAUGAAGAGGCUGGGUUCCGAUCUGAACACAGCCCAGAAGGAGAUAAAAGCCAAGCACAAAGCUUACGAGAAUGCCGUGGGGGUCCUUAGUCGGCGGCUGCAGGAGGCGCUUGCGGCCAAGGAGUCGUCUGAAGCGGAACUGAAUGAACUCAAGGCGCAGAUCUCCGAGAGUGAAAGCAACCAAGCCAGCCUAGAGAGGAUCCGGGUGCUGGAGGCAGAAGUGCAGUCUCUGAGCCACAGUAAGAUGGUCCUGGAGAAGGAGCUUCAAGAAGUCAUCUCUCUCACCAGCCAGGAACUGGAAGAAUACCGAGAGAAAGUCCUGGAGCUGGAAGACGAGCUUCAAGAAGCCAGAGGCUUCGGGAGGAAGAUCAAACGCCUGGAAGAUGCCAACAAGAAGCUCUCCCUCGAACUGGAACACGAGCGUGGAAAGCUCACUGGCCUUGGCCAGUCCAACGCAGCUCUGCGCGAGCACAACCGCAUCCUCGAAGCCGCUCUGGCCAAGAGAGAGGCAGAUUUGGUGCAGCUGAAUCUUCAGGUCCAGGCAGUCCUGAGGAGUAAGGAGGAGGAAGAUCAAAAGAUGAAGCAGCUGAUCCAGACUUUGCAAAUGGCUUUGGAGAAAGAGAGAGCAAAUGUCCUAAGCCUUAAGGAACAGGUUACAACGUCAAAAGCGGAGUCGGCACACAACCGUCGGCAUUACAAAGCUGCCGCCCUGGAACUUGGCGAGGUCAAGCGAGAGCUGCAAGGGAAAGAGGUUCUCAUCCAGGCCCUCCAGGCUGAAGUCGACAAGUUGCAGGCAGAAGACGGAGCGCGCUCCGAGGAAGUCUCUCAGAUCCAGCGAGACCUUGUAGACGCUCGGUCCCAGCUUCAGCUUUUGCAGAAGCAGCUGGACGACCAGCUUGGCAAGCAGCCCGCGGAAAAUCAAGAGCUGGAAGACCUCAGAUGGGAGGUUGAGCAGAAAGAGAGGGAGUUCCAAGCUCUGAAGCAACAGCUGGAUUUGACUGAGCAGCGCAGUCAGAAGGAGCUGGAAGGCGUGCAGCUAGUCCUCCAGAACCUCAAGAUGGAAUUGGAGAUGGUCCGGGACGAUUUGUCCCUCACCCAGAAAGAUAAGUUCACGUUGCAGGCAAAAAUGUCUGAACUGAAGAACAGCAUCAAGACCCUGCUCCAACAGAACCAACAGCUGAAGCUGGAUUUGAAACAGGGAAAAAUGAAAAAGAAAAAACUCAAGGGAGAGACCAGCUCAAAUCCGGUGACGCCAGUGAAGGUCCCUGAUUGUCCCGUCCCUGCUGCUUUGCUAGAAGAGCUACUGAAACCCCCAUCAGCUGUGAGUAAAGAGCCACUGAGGAACCUCAACAGCUGCCUCCAGCAACUCCGGCAAGAGAUGGACAGCCUGCAACGUCAAAUGGAAGAGCACACCGUAACGGUCCACGAAUCGAUGUCUUCCUGGACACAGAUCGAAGGCCAGUUAACGGACCUUAGUACUAAUCUCUCUGUAACUGUAUUAGCCAAUGAGAAUCUUCCUCACAGAGGCCUCCAGGAUCAAAAGCCAAGCACGGACAUCAAGGAAGAGUUGACCCAGUGAUUCCACCAAGGCCCACGGAUGUCCAUCAGAACUGCUUUAAGUGUGAUUGUUGUUCGUUUGUUUUUUUAAAAAAAGUAUUUAUCAAAACCCUAUUUAUAUUUUGUUCUUAAACAUUUUAGAGUCCUUAGUCUACGGUUCGUGUUAGUGAAGAGGGAGAAAAGAAUGGAAAGCUGUGGCUUGAUCAGACCUUUGUUCGUCCUGCUUGCGCAGAAGUAGAGAUGGGGGGGGGGGCUGGAGCAGAGGCAAAGGACCUCAAGGUUUGCUGUAUUAAAGCCUUUGAGAACGAAGUAUUCGAAUUAGGAUGGCCGCAGAGAGAAGAUAAAACAGGGUCCCUUUUAGUUUCCACUUUUUAAAAUUUGCUAAACUGGUUUGGUGACGGUUUUGGUCCGCUUCAGGCUUGGGAAUUCCAGGACCGUUCAUGGAUACUUUGGCAAAAUCCAGUAUUUUUGUUAUCACGUCUUUGAUCCGUGUUCCAGCAAAGCAAAGCAACUAAAUUGCUCAUCUCAAAACCAGUGAAGCCAUCUCCGAUGGCACCAAUUGAUUUGGCUCCCAAGAAAAUGAUUUUCCAGUAAACUAUUUGGAUUCCUCUCCUGACAGAUGCGGUUUGCACAAUUUUUGUUGUUGGUCUUUGCAGACAUCUGCAGUGCAGAGUUGUGUGUGUGUGAGACGUUGCUCUGUUCUGGAGCAUCUUUUAUAUAUAUGGAUUCUUCUGUAGAUGGCAAAUAACUUGGGUCGGUUUUUAUUUUUGUCUUAACUAAGGUGACUUGUUAAGUGUUGGUGUCUUGCAAAACAUGUCGUUACGGGCGAAAACCAGAGCUUUUUAGAUAAUUAAUUCACAUUUUGUAUCUUUUCAGAGAGAACUGUUCUAUUCUGCCUAUCAAAUCCUACUUUCUUAGCUUUAAUUCCAUCCCCUACCCCAUUUUUUUUUCCUCCCGAGACUUAACCAGAAGCCAGAAUUAUUAUUUUUUUGCAAAUGCAUCUUCAUUUAUAAUUAAUCGGUUGAAACAAUAGCCUUUUUUAAUUGUUUCUCAGCAACUGACAGCUCAGAGCUGUGUACUUUUCAUGCUGUGGGUUGAAUGAAGCACAGGAUUUUAACCUGGCCAAAUUGCACUGUAGGAUAACGUUAGGAAAUAAAAGGAAGAGUGAAUUGGAGGACAAAAAUGUAGGAGAUAUUGUGAUCUUGGCUGAAAGUUAUGGGUGCUUGGGGUGUAGAAUCAGGCGACGGAGUCCCAUACAAGACAGUUGUGAAAUCUGCAAUUAUGGGUCUCAUCCUGUCUUCAUGCACAUCACAUUAAGGGAGCAUAUUAGAUUGCCCCCCCAAAAUGCCAUCAAUCUAAUGUCCUCCAUCACCUAAUUCUGGUUGAGACUAUUUUAUGGACCUGAUUGAGGACUUUGAAUCUUUAAUGAGCUGCACAAAAUGCCAUCAAUCUAAUGUCCUCCAUCACCUAAUUCUUGGUGAGACUAUUUUAUGGACCUGAUUGAGGACUUUGAAUCUUUAAUGAGCUGCAUCCUAACUGAAGAUGAUCACAGCAUUUAACUGUCAUGGCGGGAGACCUCACAUGAAGAAAACAAGAAGGUAAAUAAUGCUUGGAGAACAAAGUGGAUAUAAAGGAAAUUCAGUGAAGGAAAACUGGGUCCCAGGGCUAAACCGAAGUCUAAUGUUUAGACAACUUCAUGGAUUAUUAAACUCUGUUAAACCUGAUGAAGGGAAUUUCGAAGCAGGAGUAACAGAUGGACCCAAUCUACAAAUUAAAUUUCUGACCAAAGAAAGCCCCCCAACUUUGAGCGGUAUGGAUUGAUUGAAUGCGGAAGGAUUAUUUUUCCCAAUAUUUGUAGAAAUGUCACUCUGAUUUUCCUGUUAAAGCCAAGACAUUUUUUCUCUAGGUAUUCUGCUUUUUCUUUCUUUCUUCAAAACAGACUUUAAAUGGACACUUUGAUUGUUCAACUCUUUUUUUUCCCCCAACCUGAUUUUUCAGUAUCUUUAUUAUUCUGAACGAUGAUUCUAAAAGUUCUGUGAAGCAUUUUUGGGUCCCCCCCCCAUCUAAUACAUGAAGGAAAGGUUCUCUUUAAAUGGAAAGCUUUUUAAAUUUGAGGGGAAGGUAUCUCAGUUAUGCUUAACUAUUUGAUAAGACUAACCCACUAAUAUCAAGAUACCAUCUUGAAGGCUUUAUGGGUCAAUUUAGAUAGGUGGUAACUUUUAUUAUAAAGUUGGUUUUAUACAGUAAAAUAGCAAUGGUUUUUUUGCUGCUCAUAUCUGUGAAGCUUAUGUAUCCACUAAUGUAAGCAAGAAAUACUUUAGUAUUUAAGCACCAAAGUUAAUAUUACAUAAUGAAUAAUAUACAUAUAUAUGUGAUCACUUCCCAAAUUUGCUGUUCCACUUAACUGUUUGCGUUUCACAGUGUUUGAUUUACCCAUGUAGGUUUUUCUGAGCGGCUUAUCAAUAGUCACAGCUGAAUGCAAUGUACAUAGUAUAAAAAUCAGAUUAUUAUUAUUUUUUUGUAUUCCUUCAACAAUUUGGGGGAGGUGAAAGGACAAGAACAGGGAGAAAACCCCAUUGUUGUAUUUUUACUAAAUGAAAAAAAUCCAUUUCUCCCGUUUCCCUUUUCCAGACCAUUUUAUUUAUAUUUCCCGUGACUUGUCAUUUUGACUAGGAAGAAAGUGGGUCGUUUAAGUCUGGGAAUCUCUGACCCAGCAAAUUUCCUCUCCGAAAACACUGUCAUAUUUUUAAAAAGUGCUGUCAUUUAAUUCAUGCUUCAAGGAACCAGGCUUGUGGAGCGUUCUCUGGCUGUACUUUCAGACGAGUCAAGAUCUAUAAGUGAGUCAGGCUGGUCCCUUUGGGCAUGUUUUUGUUUUGUUUUGUUUUUAAAAACUAUUCAAAAUAAAUAAUGGAGCCUUUAUGGUUACUGCAUUUUUUUUUAAAAUGUCUGUUUAUUCAUCCCUGGAAGGUAACAGCUAGAUGUGACGGUUUUCAGUGUUUUUCUGUAUCUUAGCAGAGGAUUGCUCUGAAGGCUUAAACCUGUCAGUGUUCACAGCAAUUUUCUGCAGUGCAAACCAUAUGGUGAAUGUUAGUUCACCUUACAAUGAAUUAUUUGGCGAUUUUUGUACUCUGUGAACUUUUCCUUCUGCAUCGUCAAUUUCAUUCUCCAGUCCAGCAGUGGUUGUCUCAUUCUAACAGGGAAAAACAAUUAUUCUUGAAAGAAAAAUAUUUUUUAGAGAGAACCAGAGUUUGGGAAAACUGGUUCUUCUCUAUAUCAAAAUUGUAAAAAAAUUUUUUGGAUAAGCAGCUGUACUAAGUAGCAAGCGAGCACUGAUGCCAGGUAUCAUCUUUACAAACCAAAUUAUAUCACUGACUUUUCGAGUGACAGAUACGUAAUAAAAGUAGAAAGUUGCUUUAAUUUAGAAAGUGAUUUCUGGUCCCAUUUAUAAUGAGGACCUAUUUUAAAGUAGUGCUUUUCUCCCCCUUGCUUGAAAAUGCAGAAUGCUUACCCUCGGAGACGGGAAAAAUUUUAGAUUCUUAGCCACGCAGAGUAUUCUUUCCGCUUUCCAAAAAGAGCAUCUUAUGCAUAUCAUUUUCUCAGAUUUUUCUUGUUCCCAGCAAAUGUUUGUCUGAUUCUAUUUAAUGGGGGGGGGGGGGAGAAAUGUCGUCCUCAUAACAUGUUUGAAUGAGUGUUCCAAAGGAAGAGUUAGAUGUGUUUGAUUAAAGAUUAAUAAUUGUGCUUUUAAAGAAACAGGGCAUGUUAAUUUAAGAAAAAUCUAAGAUACGCUAAACAUUCUUGAAAGGUUUUGUGCAAUAAACUAUUUUCAUUAAAAAAA